AGUAUCAUAUGAUUGCAAAUCAACUUAUCAUCAUGGGAGAAGAAGUGAAGCUCUUCAACACAAGUCCAAGCCCUUUUGGUUUGAGGGUGGUUUGGGCACUGAAGCUUAAGGGCAUUCGAUAUGAGUCAAUUGAAGAAGAUCUCUCUAACAAGAGCCCUUUACUCCUUCAAUAUAAUCCCAUUUACAAGAAAGUUCCAGUGCUCGUGCAUGAUGGAAAACCUGUUGUAGAAUCACUCAUCAUUCUUGAAUACAUUGAAGAAACAUGGCAGCAGAGUCCUUUAUUGCCUGCUCAUCCUUAUCAGAGAGCCAUGGCACACUUUUGGGCAAAAUUCGGUGAUGAUAAGGUUCUUCCGUCAAUAUGGUAUGUAUUUAUCAAGAAAGGUAAAGAGCAAGAGGAUGCUAUUCCUGAAGCCCUGGAAAACUUGAAAAUCUUAGAGGAAGAAUUGAGAGGAAAGAAGUUCUUUGGGGGAGAAAAAAUUGGAUUCGUAGAUCUUGCAUUUGGUUGGCUAGCUAACACUCUAAGUGUAUUGGAGGAAGUUGUUGGGCUCAAACUAAUUGAUGAAAUGAAGUUCCCAUUGUUGGCAGGGUGGAUGAUAGAAUUCUCAGACUCACCUGUGAUCAAAGAGAGCUGGCCACCCAGAGAUGUACUCAUCUCCUUAUGCAGUGCUUAUCUUAAGAAUUAGAAAGUUGGAGCUCUAAAGUUCUUAGAGCAACUUUUUCUUUUUUAUGUCUGUGAAAACUAAAAUAAUAUUAUUGAUUGCCUUGAUUGGAGUUCCAAAACUCGAGACCUUAUCAUUUUAUACCAAUUAAAGAUACAAGUGUAUAUGUAAUAAUUGUAUCAGCUAGGUAUAUGAUUGAGCUACAACUGUGUGUACAGUAUUUAUAUACCUAAUUGGUAGAUAAUUAUGCUUCAAUUUCUUUUAAAUAUUGUGCCAAUUAGGAUUCUUGUUGGA